AUGGCCAAAGGAGCUUCGGCCUGGCUCAGCUUUGUCAGGCUCGCAUCCCGACCACCAACUGAGCCGCACUCUCGAUUGCCUCGCCAUCCUAUAGCGACAGCAACCACACCAGCUGCUUCCUGGCAAGUUGACUGUCGAGAGACAACACGCAAGCCGGUUCAAGCGAAAGGGUCUCACGGCGCCGAUGCAGCAUCCGCAAACCACCAUUUGAAGCCAGCUGGCGCUUCCAGCUCACCGGCGUGGACCGACCAACGUCAGCCAGUAUCGACCAUGGAGCGCGGCUGGCAAACCGAGCGCGCCUCGCCCCCUCAUGGCACACCGACAGGACCGAGCGCCAUCGAGCAGCUGCCCAACGAGGUGCUCAUCGACAUCUUCGGCUACCUCGAUGCAGCUGCUCUGGCCCACGUCGCCUCCACCUGCUCCCUCAUCCGCCAGGUCGCACUGCAUGACGUGCUGUGGAGACCCUUCGUAGCACGUGCCAUCCACACACUCAGCCCACCGGUGCGCGGACCCGCCAUCCACCCCCUCGAGUCGACACUACCACUCUGGCAUCCCGACUACGGUAUGCAGGCCGAUACCAUCCAUCCACCCUCUUGGCCCAUCGCAGCCGAAUUCGUCCGCCAACCAGCCGGCACAAACGGCACAGACGACACAGACGACCAGGCUCAACUCGACCUCAGCCUUUUCAAAGGCGCCGCUUCGCUGCACGAGGUCUAUGUGCGCUUCAUCAGGCCCACCGAAUCGCUGCUCGGAUGGUGGGCCUCGGACUUGCCCUCCUACGGCAUGGUUGUUCGCAUCGUUCUCGACAUGCACUUCACCUACACUGACUACCAUGCGGAUGGCCACAAAGCAGCAGCUCGAAGCGAGGCCAUACAAACUGAUGCUGAGACUCCGCGAGGUCCCCCGCGGCGGCAGUCGCCAUCGAUCGUGUGCCAGCGCAUCUACCCGACCAACCGCCUGCAAGGACUCGAUAGCGACAUGGCUCGCUGGUCCGAUGUAGUCGGCUUCCCCAUGCCCAGCAGCUCGAGCGUCAUCGGUCAGGGCACCAUCCUGCGCCGCAGCCUCACGCAAAUUCGCACCGACUUGUGUGAGCCGGGCAUCCGCACUGAAGAUCUUUGGCACUACAGCUGGGACGAUGCCCGGCUUGGCCCUGCCCCGCCCACCCAUCCCGCCUCCAUUCAAUCCCAAGCAUCCGCCGAAAAACCGGACGCUGCUAUCUGCGACGUCCGCGCGCAUAUCUCGAGCGAAUCGUGGCUGCGGAGCGUCGACCCACGCGGCGCCUCCCGUGCGCUACACCGAGCACGGCUGGGCGGUCAGCUUCAUGACAGCGAUGACGAGCUCCUGUUCGAAGACGAGGCAGAGGAGAUCGACCGCGUCUUGCAGCACGCCGCCGGGGAUGAUGCGUUGUUCAGAUUCGCCUUCGAGCGCCAAGAAGACUAUGAUCCGGCCCACAUCAAUCUACGACGGCGGCUCGUCGGCCCUAUCGAACGCACUGUGGUGGGUGCCAUGGACUACCGUUCCUACCGGCUCUCGGACGCUGUCGCGACGCGUUCGGCAGACAGCAACGAGGGCAUGGUGCGCGUGCGGCUGGCACCUUGUCAGCCGUACUGGGAUGUCCAGAUGCGCAAUGCGGUCUUCUUAGCAGCAAAUUCUAGGCCGCCACCGCCCAUCAGUUUCCCGCCACCAGCACUGCUGCCUGCAAUCCGUGCGGUCGAGUGGAGCACAUUGGCGGAUGUGCAGAUCGGUAUGUCCGGGAUCUGGGAGCGUAUGGACCCGCAAAGGAGAUGGCUGAUCCAAGGAGAGAGGCUAGCAAUCGACUCGAUCACCAUGGCGCCGCCUCCACCAUACAGGCCAGGCCCGACCGAUGACUAUGCUUUCGACGAGCUACCGCGCUUCUUUCCGAUUCAAAAUCCGGAUCGAAUCUCUGCCCUCGUCCCGUGUGCCCUCCGCAAGCCCACAAUGGAUCACGAGGUGGCCGUGCCCGUAUCGCUCUCUUCGUUUGGCGCUGAUGCGGCGCGUACGCCAGCGUCGGCACCGGAUGACGUAGAGUACGACCACGUUGCUCCCGGCCCUUCUCAUGAUCCCGCCCACGCGGACUUCGACUGGAGCCUGAUGGAGGGUCUAUACAGCAUGACGUACGGUCCGCACGGAGUGGAGCUGCUCUACAUCCGCGCGCGCACUCUGGGCGCACACGACUUUGAGCACGACCCGGCUCUGCCCGAGUGGCCAUCCGAACCGCUUUUGAGCAGCGACGACAUGUACGAGCAGACGCGCAUCAGUCGUGCUGCGGCGCUGCCGGGAGCACGCGUGCUCGAAGCAGUCAAGGUGCUUGGCGAUCCCAACAUUCCCCGAGGCCAAAUCACAUGGAGGGCGUUUAUCGACGAUCCCGGCCGCAGCGCUGUGCCCUGGCGCCCACCUCCAAAGGGAUUCAGAAAGCACACGCCGUGGCCGUUACGUCCGCCACAGGGAGCAGAAGAGAGGUCGCCUGGACUGGUGCUGCCCGCUCACGGCAGGGUGGCAGGCGAGGGGUUUGUCGGGCCCGGCUGGGCUACCGCGUUGGCGUGUGUGAGCUCGGUCGACGAGAUCCAGAUCUGGUGGCAGCCGAUGUACAAGAUCUCGGUUGCCAAAAGGCUCGUUGCUAUGUAA